UGUAAGCUCGGUUUUUAUAUUCACGAUGCUAGCUUUGAACGAGUCCAUUCCAGGAUUUAAUUUUGACAAUUGCAAAAGAAACAUACAUUUACUAAAUAAUAAUGCCAUAAAGUCAAAAUUUAUUAAAACGGGUACAACAAUUGCUGGAGCAAUAUUUAAGGAUGGUGUUAUACUAGCAUCUGAUACAAGAGCUACAGAAGGUGAUAUAAUAGCGGAAAAGGAAUGCCAAAAAUUACAUUACUUGGCUCCAAAUAUAUAUGCUGCUGGUUGUGGGGUUGCUGCCGAUUUACACCAUUUAACCUUGAUGAUAUCUGCAAGAUUGGAAUUAUUAAGAAUGAACAUGGAUGAUAGACAAAUUAGGGUUGUAACUGUUAAUCGUAUUUUUAAACAGCUUCUUUUUAGACAUGGAGGACAUUUAGGAGUGGGUUUUAUAAUUGGUGGAGUAGACUUAACUGGUUCUCAUUUAUAUAGUGUUGCACCCCAUGGAUCAACUGAUAAAUUACCUUUUAUGGCAUCUGGAUCUGGAACAUUUGCUGCUCUUUCAGUUUUGGAGGACCGAUGGAGGCCUGAUAUGAAUCUUGAAGACGGGAAAAAGUUGUUAUGCGAUGCCAUAACAUCCGGUAUUUUAAAUGAUCUCUUUUCAGGAACUCAAGUUGAUCUAUGCAUCAUAACUAAGGAUAAAUCGGAACUUCUUAGACCAUACAAAGUUAUAUCAGAAAAGGGAAAGAGAGAAGGGAAUUACACGUUUAAGAAGGGAACCACCGCUAUUUUGAACCAAGUUGUUCAUAAAUUUAAAUUGGACAUUGUAGAUGAAGACGAAAUUAGAAUGGACACCCAUUAAUUAUCGAAAUUAAUUGGAAAUGGAAAUCUGCUUGUUUUAUUUUAAUCGAAUUAUCUUUAAUUUUUAUUUGAUAUUUUUCUAAAAUAAAAAUUAUAACCCUCA